AGAGGCUCCGCCCAUUAGACGAUACCACACAGCGGGUCACGCACCCGGAAGCGACAGUUUACAGUCGUCCGCCGCGGACCCCGGAGCUCCGCGUCCCCUCGGAACCAGGUCUGUUGUCGUCGUCGUCGUCGUCGUCGUCCUUCAGUUGAAGUUAAGCACCGCGUGGGUUCUUCGCGUGCAGGCGAAGAGAGGCGACGGCUCGAGCCACCUCACGUCCACAGUGACUGGACCGAGCUAGUGUCGGUUAGCUCCGUUAGCCUGGACGGAACACGGCCGGUUGUUUAUGCCCCGAAGGACCACAGUGAAGACCAUCAGCUGCUGGGGGAUUAUCACCGAGGUUCAAAGGUCUCCCAUGUAAACCACUUCAGGCUGAGCGGAGACAGCGAGGCAGUUCCUCUCGCGACGAUGGACAGUUAAGUUCUGACAUUAACCCCCAAAUGGAAGCUCCGGUCACAGCAGCCCCUCCUCCCAGCUCCUCCACUCUGCCUCCCCCGGUCCCCCUGUGUCCGGCCGUCGCCCCAUCCGUCCAGCUCGGCUUCACCGUCCUCUACACCGCCCUGUACGCUGUCCUCUUCCUGGUGGUGUACGUCCAGCUCUGGCUCCUCCUCCUCUACAGACACAAGCGAUGGAGCUACCAGAGUGUGUUUCUGUUCCUCUGCCUGCUCUGGGCCGCCCUCCGCACCACUCUGUUCUCCUUUUACUUCGCUAAUGCUCUGGAGGCCAACCACCUGCCCGUCGCAGUCUUCUGGCUGCUCUACUGCUUCCCCGUGUGUCUGCAGUUCUUCACACUCAGCCUCAUUAACCUGUAUUUUACUCAGGUGUUGCUCAAAGUGAGAGAGAAUUACAGCUCGGCAGGGGGCAGAAAUCUGUGGGUGGCGCGGUGCAUCUACGGGGCAAUGAACGGCGUAUUCGUCUGUGUCAACAUGGUGUGUGCGGCGCUCGGGGACAGAGGGCGUGGGGGGUCGGGCAGCCGGACCUGGAGCCUGGUCCUGGUUCGGGUCAUAUUCAACGACUCGCUCUUCAUCCUGGAUGCCGUGUUACUGGCUGCUCUGCUGUUGCUCCUGACCAGACACUCGCACUCCACCAACCCCUACCUGAUCAGCAAGGGGACCACGGUGUGCCGCACAGCCGCACUGGGAGCAGCAGUGAUCCUGCUGUUUGCCAGCCGCGCCUGCUACAACCUGACGGUCCUCCUCCUGUCCCAGAACUACCAGGUGGAGUCGUUCAACUUUGACUGGUACAACGUGUCUGACCAGGCCGACCUGCGUUACGAACUGGGCGACAGCGGCUACUUGGUCUUCGGUGCCAUCCUCUUCAUAUGGGAACUGCUCCCGACUGGUCUGCUCAUCCUCAUCUUCAGGGUUCGCCAGCCUACUCAGGAGAGCAGCAGGGUGGUCAUCAACACCAGGGUCCUACCUCGCCCGUACUUCUUCGAUGAACCCCUGGGCAGCGACGACGACUCGCCCGCUCCGUGGGUGCGCACUUCACAUCCACAGGCGAGCUGGUACGGAGCCGAGACCGCUCCUCUCCUGUUUGCCAGCAAACCUACGGACCAGAACCACCAGCACCACUCGUUCUACUCCACUCCCCAAAACUGACCCCGACUUCUGACCACGAUUCCAGGUUGUGGGAUCCACCUCCACGACAACACACACACACACACACACACACACACACACACACACACACACAAAGAGAUACUAGCGUGUAGUACCUCCCCCUGUGAGCAGUUUUUGCACAGAAAACCUCAGGAAAAUCGUCACCAGUGAAUAUGCACCUUGUAGUUUUUGAAAGGCGAAGAAAGGAAAAAAAACUUUCUUGGCUCGAAGGGAACGAGCUGCGUGGGAAAAUCCCCGCCAGACACGAAUGGCCAAAUAAUGUGCACAGUGAGCUUUUUUUUAUAAAGGUUAAGCCGAGGUUUAGUCGUUCCUUCCCUUUUAUAGCCAGUCUUUGUCCCAGGCUCAGUAGCUAAUGCAAUUCCUUAUGGCACAUUUAGCUUCAUUGGCAUUCCUUAAUAAAUGAAUAAAUGUUAUUCAAUGUCGUCCCUAAGCUCGCGUAGCAAUACUAUUUUUGCAGUUGAGUUUAAAAAAGUUUACACUGUUUCAAAUGUAUCAGAAACAGACUAAUACGAUAUGACCCAUUUUGUGUUCACAGCAGAAUGGUGUUUCUUCAGUAUCAAAACAAGACACUCGUGUCUGGAAACCCCUAAGGAAAUAAUAAUUCCACAUGAGAUCAGCGGGAUCUCUUGAUCUAAUCUCUCUUACGCAGUGCUGCAGGUAUUUUCCCCCUGCCUUUUUAUUUUGUAAAUUCUCCUCAUGCCCAGCGUCUGCUCAUCUCUCAGUAUGUAUGUCAUAUUUGUACAGUGUUCUCAUUUGCGAAAUUGAUUUUGAUUCUUAAUCCCCUUUCUCGUAUAAUUGUAUUGUAAUGAACGUCUAACUUAUUUUAUAGCUCCUACCUGUUAAUUGUAGCUGCGAAAUCAAAUGUUAUUCUCCUUUUAUGUUUUUACGAGGAGUCAAUCACCCGUGGCUGUGACUUCAGCACAUGAAUGGCAUUUACUGUGUAAACGACAAAUAAAAAAUAGGAAAAAAAGAACUUGUUCGGU